AUGUUAUUUACUCCGUUUUAUAAUGAUUUGGAACUGAAGGAGGUUCUCAAUUCUGUUGGAAAGUUAGNCCUCGGGUCAUUGCCCUCCAAAGGCUGCCUCUUGUACGGGCCGCCCGGCACCGGCAAGACGCUACUAGCCAGGGCCGUCGCUUCACAGCUGGACGCUAACUUCCUCAAGGUGGUAUCGUCGGCGAUCGUGGACAAGUACAUCGGCGAGUCGGCGCGUCUCAUCCGUGAGAUGUUCAACUACGCGCGCGACCACCAGCCCUGCAUCAUCUUCAUGGACGAGAUCGACGCCAUCGGUGGCAGACGUUUCUCCGAAGGCACCAGCGCCGACAGAGAAAUCCAGCGGACGCUCAUGGAACUUCUCAACCAAAUGGACGGCUUCGACUCCCUCGGCCAGGUAUGUCGUACAGUUCACACCGCUGCAACUCCUGUGUAGCCAGGAUCUACAG